GGAAAAGCGUGGAACUUUAGACCAUCCGCAUUAGCGGUUUAAGAGAGGUUCGUGGGCUCGAAAUCUUAGGCCCGUUGGUUUAAAAAAAAAAGAAAAAUUCGAUAAGUUUGAUGAAACGGGCCUUGCGCAUGAACCCGUAAGGGGCGGAUGUUGCCACGCGGCGUACGCUGGUUGGUCAAGCGUUCCGCGUUGACGAGGAGGAAAGUCGGGCCACGUCUUGUUUCUUCUCAUUUUCCCCUUUCUCUGAAAAACUAGGGUUUCACCGUGAGAGGCGACUUAUCGUGCGACGACGAUUCCCGGCGUUUUUCUCGACGUAAUCGACGACGUCCUCUUCUCUCCACCAGCGUAGAUGGAUCCGGAAGAAGAUAGAAGACAUUCAAAGAAGCAACAUGAACACAUCAACAUGUUAAGUUUCGUGGCGGAUUCUGAGUACGGUAUUCCUAAAAGGUGUCCGUGUGGUGGGAGACUCAUAAACGAGGUGCGCGGGGAGGAGGACUACGACACUCUUCCUGGGAAGCGGUUCUUCACCUGCAGAAACUACGAGGCUGAUGGGCUCCAUUAUCGUCAGCCUUGGGUGAUAGGUGUGCAGGAGGAGCUCGAGAGGCUAACUAAACGGGUGGAAGAGGCUGAGGAGGUGAUGCUGGGGGUGUCCACUCUUAGUAAACGGUUUGAGAGACUUGAGGAACAGGUUAAUUCACUCAAUGAGGCUGUCUAUGACCUCACUGUGCAGGUCCAUUCCCUCGAGAAGGUCUGCUUCGAUUGACAAUGAAAGGUCACGGGUUGGAGGUGACAGUGUUGCAGGUCACGGGUUGGAAGUUUAGGUUGUUGCAGGUCACGGGUUAUGUUUCUUUCUACACUGCAGGUCAAUCAUGUACUAUGUCUAUGUAUUUUGCUAUUGUUGUAACUCUGAACUUGGUUCACGGAUGUACUGAACUUGAUUCACGGAUGUACUAUGUUGUAACUCUAUGUCUCUCUAUUUAAAUGAUGUCUCUACUCUCUGCUUUUUAAUCAAAGUGAUCUUCUAUUUCUUCUCUUGCUAUUGUUUCUCUUCUGUGUGUUGCUCUUGUUUGUCUUGUUUAUUUCAAAGUGAUCUUCUAUUUCUUCUCUUGCUCACGGAUGUACAACAUACAACAAACUACAACAACUAAAUUCAAACAACAAAAACCUACAACAAACUACAACGUAAAGGCCAAUGACCUGGCUUGUGGCAAUGGAAGCAAUCACCAGUUCGCAUGGCUAACCAAGGAGUGAAGUCCGUGACCAACAAACACACAUACAAGAGCAACUACCUUCAACAACAAACAAGAGCAACUACCUUCAAGAUUGGUAAGAAAAUAUGGUUGUAGAAUAAAAUAUGGAUGAAGAAAAAAUUGGAUUCUUUAAAAAAAUGGUUUAUGAAAAUUAGAAAGAAUUUUAGUUAAAAUAUAAUAUGAUUGAAGUUAAAAAUUGGAUGCUUAAAAAAAUAUGGUUGUAGAAAAUUAUAAAGAUUUUUAGUUAAAAUAUAAUAUGAUUGAAGUACAAAAAUAGGAUUCUUAAAAAAAAAAUGGUUUAUGAAAAUUAGAAAGAAUUUUAGUUAAAAUAAAAUAGGAUUGAAGUUAAAAAUUGGAUUCUUAAAAAAAAUGGUUUAUGAUAAUUAGAAAGAUUUUUAGUUAAAAUAAAAUAGGAUUCUUAAAAUAAAAUAUUAAAUUACAAAUCCCCUUUUGUCAUGUUAGGAAGAAAACAUCAACAAUGUCAUCCUCAUCAAGUGAUGAAGUUGAUGAAGCUAUAGAAGAAAUGGUCGACGAAGUAGUUGAUAAUUACAUCGACUCAAUAGUUGAGGUCCAAGGUAAGAAGCCAAAAAGACGUGCUUAUAUCGACAGAGAUCGGGAACAAGGACACAAUCAACUAUGGAACGAUUAUUUCAAAGAAAAUCCUACAUACCCACCGGAAAUGUUUAGGAGGCGUUUUCGAAUGAACAAGCCAUUGUUCCUUCGCAUUGUCGAACGUAUAAGUAAUGAAGUUCCAUACUUUCAGCAAAGACGAAAUGCUCACGGGAGGAACGGGCUAUCUGCACUUCAAAAGUGUACGGCAGCUAUACGUAUGCUGGCAUAUGGUCAAUCGGGAGAUACAUAUGACGAAUAUCUCCGACUCGGUGACAGUACAUCACGUUUGUGUUUGGCAAAUUUCACGGAUGCAAUAAUAGAAUUGUUUGGAAAUGAGUAUCUACGAAAACCUACAGCCGAGGAUCUUCAACGCUUACUCGAUGUUGGAGAGGUACGGGGGUUUCCGGGGAUGAUAGGCAGCAUCGACUGCAUGCAUUGGGAGUGGAAAAACUGCCCAACGGCUUGGAAAGGUCAGUUCACACGUGGUUCAGGAAAGCCGACAAUUGUCUUAGAAGCCGUGGCAUCACAAGAUCUUUGGAUAUGGCACGCAUUUUUCGGCUUACCAGGUACCCUCAACGAUAUCAAUGUUCUUGAUCGGUCCCCUGUUUUUGAUGACAUCUUACAUGGUCGAGCACCAAAAGUUAAGUUCAAGGUCAACAACCACACUUAUCGUAUGGCCUACUAUCUUACUGACGGAAUUUAUCCAAACUGGUCAACAUUUAUCCAAUCCAUCCCACUUCCUCAAGGUCCUAAAGCCGAGAAAUUUGCAGAAAAGCAAGAAUCCGCCAGAAAAGAUGUCGAACGGGCUUUUGGAGUAUUGCAAUCGAGGUUUGCAAUUGUUAAAAACCCAGCUCUCCAAUGGGACAAGGAGAAGAUAGGAAAGAUCAUGAGAACUUGUGUCAUAUUGCACAAUAUGAUAGUAGAGAACGAACGACACGGAUACGCUCAAAUUGAUACUUCUGAGUUCGAGUCCGGAGAAUCAAGCAGAACUUCGAGGGUGACAAGGAGAGAAAGCAUUCAUGUCGGUGAUAUGUUAGGCAUGCGCAGAGAAGUUCGAGAUCCAGAGAAGCAUGCUCGUUUGAAAGCUGAUUUGAUGGAAAAUAUAUGGCAAAAGUUCGGUGAUGAAGAUGAAUAAAUAAGUUAUGUAUGUUAGAAAAAUUUCUCUUUUAUGUAAUGUACUUUUAAUGUAUUGAAUAAAAUGUUUUCAUAAUUUUAAUAAUAUGUUUUAAUAUUUUAUUCAUCUUUUCUGAAUAUUUUAAAUUUUUUUAAAAAAAAUUAAUAUUAUUAUUUUAUUCCUAUGAAUUCCUUCAUCGGGUUCACUAAUGCAGAAAACAGCAUAUCCAAGUUCAUAACUGUUCAUGGGCCCACGAAAAAAUAAUAAAAAAUGUUGGUGAACCCCAAAGAGGGGUUCACCAAUGCUCAUGCUCUUAGGUUGCUUCUUG